CCGUCCCUCGUGAUGUGAGGCCGUAAGCUGGACCCGCAUCUGUCUCCGGUUUCUCAUGUCGUAUUCCUUCAGUAGCCUGACAUCGUGCACGCCUGUGCUCUCUUUCGUUCAUCAAGAGAGUGUGGGAUCCAUUUGGCCUGCCUUCGAGAACGGUAGAUUUGACCUUGCCAAGGUACAUUGGAGCCACCACAAUUCUCAAACACCAGCGUUUCCCUUCGGUAAAAAUGAAGGACACAACAAUAAUUCCCAGGAAACCACGAAUCCCUCAUCCUAUCAGGUGUACCUCACCUGCUCCUGGCCUUCCGUCCCCAUCAUCUGGUCAUGUCGACGAUGAUGACGCGCGCCACAGUCACACCCGUCGGUUCUCAGUCGGGGAGGGACAUGUAGGUGAGUAAGAGGCGAGGCCCGCUCCAUGCCGAAACUCAACUCACGAGUAGUGGCGCACCCACGCCCUGCUCCCUGGACGUAACCCAAGUCGUGACCCGAGUUGCAGCGAUGGCCACUGUCGUUGUGACACGGUAGCUACGAUCUGCGAGAGGCCUGAGAGCCUCGUCCGAGUCUCGACACGUAUCGGCCAUCGGAGAGAAAACACGACAGACAGUUCCAGGAAAAGGUGGAGCAUCCGGCUCCCCUACGCCCCCGUAGGGCAAGGACGGCACUAGGCGGAGUCAGAUGAGGUUGGUGGGGAUUUCAGAGUCGAAGAGGAAGGUGGCGAUGGUGAAACAAGAGACACGAAGCGUCCCUCUCUUCUCCUUAAAUAUUGGGAGCAGCACUCCGAGAUGAAACCUCGUAAGCGUGAGUGGUCGCGAGCAUCUCGUCAGCAUCAUCAUCAGAUGGGGAGAGGAAGAGUGGAGCUGAAGAGGAUCGAGAACAAGAUCAACCGGCAGGUAACCUUCUCGAAGCGCCGCAGCGGCCUCCUCAAGAAGGCCUACGAGCUCUCCGUCCUCUGCGACGCCGAGGUCGCCCUCAUUAUCUUCUCCAGCCGCGGCAAGCUCUUCGAGUUCGGCAGCGGCGAGGUAUGUAAAACACUUGAGCGGUAUCAAAGCUAUCGUUAUGCAUCUCAAGAAACUAAUGUGGAUUAUCAUGAAACUGAGACACAAAGCUGGUAUCAGGAAUUUUUCAAGUUGAAAGUAAAAUAUGAGUCUCUGCAACGAUCAUACAGGCAUCUGCUUGGUGAGGAUCUUGGAACACUAGGUGUGAAAGAACUGCAGCAACUUGAAAAACAACUUGAUUUGGCAUUGUCUCAAUCCAGACAAACAAAGUUAAAACUAAUGAUGGAGCAGAUAGAAGAACUCCAGAAAAAUGAGCGUCACCUGGAAGAGGUUAACAGGAAGCUAAAGGAUAAGCUUCAGGUGGAAGGCAGCUCUUCCAGGGCGAUUCAAAGGUGCUGGGAAUCCAAAUCCAUGGCUGAAGGCAAUCCCCUCCCCUUGCAUCCUUGUCCUGCGAACGCCGUCUACCCUGAACCAACUCUGCAGAUUGGGUAUUAUCAACAUUUUGGCCGCCCUGAAGCUGCCACCACAACGGGCGCCGUUGGGGAGAACAACGUCAUGGUGGGCUGGCUUCGUUGAAGUCACGCAGCAGAUCCUAUAUCAUGGACAAUUCAUAUCACUCCGCAGCAGAAGUCAAGCUCAUCACUCAAAACCUGAGUCUAUCCUUGUUCUCUGCUCAACCUGGUUCUAUCUUGUGUCUGUAUCAUCAGUAUUUCCAUUUCCUCGGCUUCCUCUUGUUUCAAACCUUAUGAAAUCUUAGAAUAAGCAUGGAAGGACAUUCUACA